AUGGCCAGAUUCCGUGGCCGGAGGCGCAGACACCCCACCCCCUUCUUCUCCCCCGGCUCUCCACCUCAUUCUUCCCCGGGGCUCCUCCCCCGGCGGCCGGAGUCACAGCCGCGGCUGGCCAAGCCGGCACCGUGCCUGUGUUCGUGGCCCCCCUGGCCGGCUCCUUGGCUGGGAGUGCGGCUGGCCGGACCUCCGCCGUGGUCAGCCCCGUGGCUGGGGGCGCAGCCCCCUUGGCCGCGGGCGCAGGCCGCCGCCGCCGCCGGGCGAGUCCGCUCGGGGCCGCCAUUGGGAUUUCGCUACCAGGGGUUUGAUCUGAUGGAUGCGUCUGCUUGUAGGUUUUUGGAACUUCCAGGGUUGGAGUCCGGGAGGCUUGACAGUGUUAGUGAUUACUGCAUACACCACUGCUUAUGCCCCGUUGUGGUUGUUCGCUACGCUGAUGAUGCUGCAGGUGCUGGUGGAAAUGGAGCACGGUUGAUAGAUGAGUUGCACACUGUACCAGAGGAUGGACCUGUUUAUUACGAUGCACCUGAGUUUUUGUUAAGAUUGGAUUUCUCUGUUAUGAAUUUUUCUGUUCCUUAUAGCAAAUCAAGAUACUUUUCCUUUUAUGCAAUCAAGACAGAGUGUUUGAAGGCCAUUGGGAUCACAAAUCAGAGGGAAACCACUGUUACGUGGAGAUAUGCAGUCCAGACUGGUUACGCCUUAUUCGGCACAAUUGACACCUGCUUGAUUUGGAACCUUUUAGGAGGUGUUGCUGGUGGGCAGCAUGUCACGGACUGCUCAAGUGCAUCUCGUACUAUGCUUAUGAAUCUAAAGACACUUGACUGGGAUAAGCCAACACUUGAUGAGUUGAUGUAUUAG